GAGGAUGUACGAUCUGCAAACAUCAUCGCUGCGUUUCCAAAUGGCGUUGAUUGUCUGGUGCUUGACAGAGAAGCUUAUGGACUUUUAACUGGCAACGAUGCUUCUUUCGAACGCCACUACCCCGAUGAGGAUCAACCAGCUCCCACCAAUAAAAUUCGCGAGGAAUUUAAAUCCCUUAAUCUUCGUGAUCUGUGCGUUGUUGCGACACUCGGUGUGGGUGGAUUUGGACGCGUUGAACUGGUUCGAAUUGGUGAGGAUAAUUCACGAACCUUCGCUCUGAAGCAACUGAAGAAGUACUACGUGGUGGAAACACACCAACAGGAGCACGUGAUGAAUGAGCGUACUAUCCUUAUGAACACAAACUGUGAUUUUAUCGUAAAGUAA